CUUCGCUUUCAUAUUCCGAAUUUGCAAUACAACUCACAUAUUCUCUCUUUUUCUCUCUCUGUAAAAGCUUCGUCGCCGCCGCCUCUGGUUGCUUCGAUUCACCGGUAAGUUUUCCGAUCUCAGCAAUAACAUACCGGAGAAGACCGUAAAUUUACACUCUAAUCGUCAAUUUCUAGGGUUUCUGUUUUUUCGCCGUCUCUAUCUGUCGUUUCUAGAGAGUUUUUUUUAAAGAAAUUAGGAAAAAAGGAAAAAAAGGAAAAAAAUUCAAUUUGAUUUUUAGAUAUUUGAUUAGUUUUUACCAGAUCUGUAAUCUGUUAUUGUUUUUUCAACUAAGUCGUUUUUUUUCGAGCUAGGAUUUGUUGACUUUGUUUGUGAAAUUAGGGUUAGGGUUUAUAGGUGGAUUAAGGUUUUCUUUGAUACAUAGACGUUCUUAUGGCUGCUGGAAGACAUGGUGGUUACAGGGAUAAUGAAUUUAGGGGCCGUGAGGCUGAGUUCGAGGUUUCAAGGAGGGAGCUUGGUUAUCCUAAGGGGGAUUAUGAUCGAAUUAGGAGCGUUGAUCGGGAUUUUGAUAGGGAUCAAGUUCACGACAGGAGUAGUCGAGAUAGGGGUAGGUUGAGACAGAAGGAUGUAAAAGAAAGGGAGGUCAUAAAUGGCAGUUAUAGGUCCAUGUCAAGCAGGAGUGAUUCUGGUAGCAGUGAUGGUGGAGCGGGGAGAAGUGGGUUUAGUGUCAGGGCUGUUGACCGAGAGCCUGGGGAACUGUCUAGUGAGAGUGGGUCUGAUGGGGCUAUUGAUUCGGACCGGAAGACCAAGAAUGCGGCCAAUGGGAACCAGUCACCUGUACAGAGCAAGAAACGAAAAUUCUCUCCAAUUAUCUGGGAUAGGGAUGAAAAGGAAGCGAAUAGAAUGUCGAAGAGUAGAAAUUCACCAGCAGCUGCUAAGCUACCUCCUCCGCUUCCAUUGCCAAAGUCAUCUGUCCAGUCGCCUAACCUUCCCUUAGAAAGGGUUGAGCAGGUCUCGCCGUUGAAUAAUAAUAAUAAUAUUAUUCAGAGCAUGGGGCCGUCCCAACAUAAUCCAAAUACAGCACUUGGUUCACAUGUUGAUGCAUCUGAAUCCCCAGUUGACAUAGGUUCACCACCUCCUGACAAAGAGCGAUUGCCCGAGCAGGAUGCCAGGAUAGUAGAAGAAGAUGAAUACGUGCCGACUAUAAGAGCAUCUCGAUGGGCAACUGACGCUGACUCUCCAGCUGAUGAAGGUUUGAUUUCAGAUGAUGAUAUGCCUCGAUUGAAGAAGCGACGAGCAGUUUCACAGUCAGCUGAAAUGGGUGGACACAGGAAAUCACUAACUCCAGAAUUUGGGGAGCUCAAGAGAGACAACUUUGGAGGAAAUAGAGCAAGGUCCUCAGAUUCAGAUGAACAUAUUAGGUCUUCCAGCAGAGAUAGUUACCAGGACAAUGAUUUAGAUAAGAAUGACUCAAUGGAUGUGGAUAAGGACCGUUAUUAUGAUGGUACUAGUGUUAGCCAGUCAGAUACAGAAUCUGAAGAUGAACAUGAUUCUCGUGGUAUACCAGAGCCUGCACUUCCUCCACAAAGGAGCGUAAACAUGCUGCAGGGGUGUAGAAGUGUCGAUGAAUUCGAGCGGCUUAACAGGAUAGAUGAAGGUACCUAUGGUGUUGUUUACAGAGCUAGAGAUAAGAAGACAGGAGAAAUUGUUGCACUAAAGAAGGUUAAGAUGGAGAAGGAACGAGAAGGAUUUCCCUUGACAUCUCUAAGGGAAAUAAACAUUCUUCUUUCUAUUCAUCACCCCUCAAUUGUAGAUGUUAAAGAAGUAGUUGUAGGAAGCAGUCUUGACAGCAUUUUUAUGGUGAUGGAGUACAUGGAACAUGAUCUGAAGGCAUUAAUGGAGACAAUGAAACAACCGUUUAGCCAAAGUGAAGUCAAAUGUCUUAUGCUCCAGCUUUUGCAGGGUAUCAAGUAUCUUCAUGAUAAUUGGGUCCUUCACCGAGAUCUGAAGACUUCAAAUUUGCUUCUAAACAACCGAGGUGAGUUGAAGAUUUGUGACUUUGGUUUAGCUCGUCAAUAUGGGAGCCCCCUGAAACCAUACACUCAUUUGGUGGUUACUUUGUGGUACAGGGCGCCAGAACUUCUCUUGGGAGCCAAACAAUAUUCUACUGCAAUCGACAUGUGGUCACUGGGUUGUAUCAUGGCUGAGAUGCUAUCCAAAGAAGCGCUUUUCAAUGGAAAAACAGAAGUUGAUCAAAUCGAUAAGAUUUUCAAAAUUCUCGGAACCCCAAAUGAGACAAUAUGGCCAGGGUUUUCUAAACUUCCUGGGGUGAAGGUCAACUUUGUAAAGUACCAGUUUAAUUCUUUAAGAAAAAAAUUUCCCGCUACAUCCUUCACGGGGUUACCAGUCCUAUCUGAUGCCGGCUUUGACCUGUUGAAUAAGCUUCUAACUUAUGAUCCUGAGAAGAGAAUAACUGCCGAUGCUGCUUUAAACCAUGAGUGGUUUCGUGAAGUUCCUCUCCCCAAGUCUAAAGAAUUCAUGCCUACUUUCCCUGCACAGCAUGCACAAGAUAGGCGUGUGCGAAGAGUAAUGAAGAGUCCAGAUCCUCUUGAGGAGCAGCGAAGAAAGGAGCUGAAGCAAGGGAUGUUAGGAACUGGUGGAUUGUUUGGCUAAGAUAAGUGAAUAGUGCUCGGUAACUGUUUGAGUUUUGCUUUCUCUAAUACUCAUGGGGUUGACGUGGUUGAGGUGAGAGCUAUGAUUGAAAGGAAGUUGCUAAAAUUGUUUGCAAGACGAUCAGUUCAGCUGUUUUUUAGCAGGCUUAUCUGACAAUUAGAUCGAGAAACAAUUCUUUUGGCUGUGCAUUAUCAGAUCUGUUGCAGGUUGACUUACUGGGUGCUGGUGCCUUAUCAAACUCUUUGAGACUGCACGCAUGGCAGGGGUGGCAUAGUGAGCUUACCUAUUAAGGAACAGUUUCAAUUGAAACUCGUGUAUGUAAAAUAUUUCCUAUUGGCAGUGUAAACAGUUUCUUGAAAUUGAUUUUGUUACUCAAAACAUAUGGAUCUGUUUCGUACUUAUAGUAUGUCGAUUUUAAUCUUCAUAUUCUGUUUGCAAGAGAUGAUGGUGUAAAGCAGAUGGGGAAUUCUUAGCUUUUUCAUUGACGAAGAAUUCACUGAAAUUAUUGCACAUUUGAAGAAUUGAAAUCUGCAAAUGUCACUGCAGUAUCAAGGAAAGCAGGUUGAGGAGCUUAUCUACAACCUGGCAUACAUAGAAUUUCAAAUUUAUUUUCCGUACUUCAGAUACUCGUACUGUCUGCCCAAGCCAGUAAGAAAGAACAUGUGAGCCUGGCUACAAUUCCUGCCAGAGGACUGAAAUAGAAGUGCAAAGGCUUGUAACAUUGUUUAAGAAUUUUCUCGUGGGGUUCUAGGCAGGUAGAUUGGAAUUGCAAGUCCAGAAGCUCAUCGUACUGGCAGGGAAGGGGAUGGAAGAACAUGUUUGAAGGAAAUAGAUCUGUGUAUGUUCCCGCACCAGACUAGGAAAAGACUAAAUAUAAGUUGUACAGCUCCUUGAAGUUGGUGGUGGUCCAUUUUCAGGUAGAAUGCCAAGGCUAGGAAAUGGAGAGUGGAUGUACGAGAAAUCACACUGCUGUGGUGGAAAGACUAUGUAAAUGCUGCAGAAGGCAAAAUUUCUUGUUUGUUAAAUGGCAGCUAAAAUCUUUUACUGGGUAGGAUUUUACCCUUGUGGUUUCUGAUAGUUUUCUUUACUUGAUUGGUGGAGGUAUUUGCGUGUUUCGGGCAGCGCAUGGUCCGACUGUGCAGAAUUUCGCCGAUCAGAAAUGGAGAACGGAAAGCAGUAGAGACUGUUCUUCGGCAAAAUGAAUAUGGCUGAGCACACUCUCUUGAAGAGGAGAAGUCGUCUGUUAUAAAUAGAUCCUCUUUGUUGAACUCAUGUAACUAAAGCUUCUGCUGAUUUUCCUCACAUAAUAAAUGUCAUGCAGUCUUCUGAUGAAACAUACGGUGGAUUUGGUGUCCGUCAUAAAUGUCAUUCCAAGUAACAUUCUGUUGCCAUGUGCAGAACGCGUUUGCAUUGUUGUGCGUCAAGACUCUUUUAUGCCUUGGAUGUCAUUUGGUACUGUUGUGUCUGAGCCUAACUGAAUUAGCGUCUGCUAGUUUGCAAAGAAGUGCUCUUGUUGCUGUUGCUGUUGCUAUCUCUUCUCCUAAAAAAGGUGUUGGUUAAUCACUUUUAGGAUUGUUGAGAAAUAUACUGACAAUCCUUUUAAUAAUAAAGACAAUUGGUGAGAGUUCUGUUUGAA